AUGAGUCCGGGUAUGACCAGAGGCCGAGACGUCGGCCUGUGCAAAUAUGCUCACAAUAUCGAAGCUGCUCGGGAACGGGAAAUGCACUUGUAUUUGCCGUACUGGGGCUUCUCAACUUCGGAAAAAUUCGCGCAGCAAUCAGUCGGUCAAAGGCCCAAUGUGUCGCGCGAUAAUGUCCUGACAGUGUUUGCGCAACUGGCAUGUCUGCGCCUCGAUGGAAAGAGAGCGCUUAUCAAUCUUUUCGACCGGACUACCCAGCAUGUCAUUGCCGAAGCCACUCCCAAACUCAGCCUCCGCGGCGCUGAGAACGACAAGGAAGCCCUGUGGCGGGGGGUGCAGCGGCUUCCAAGCCAUAACAUCCCCAUGUGCAACCAGGCGAUGCAUAGUUUUAUUCAAGAACAACAGGAUGUUUUCGUCGUUCCCGAUCUGACUAAAGACUCGCGUUUUCAAUCUCAUUCCUCCGUCACUGGCCUUCCACAUAACCGAUUUUAUGUAUCUGUCCCACUAAGAUCACCAGAUUCAUACAUCAUUGGCAGUGUUGCGGUCCUGGACGACAAACCACGUGAGAGCAUGGCGGGAGAACAUAUACGGUUGUUGAAGGAGCUCAGUCUGACUGUGAUGGAUCACCUGAUCUCACAGCGUGCGAUGCGCGAAAAGGACCGGGAGGAGAAAAUGGUCCGGGCGUUGGGUUUAUUUGUUCAAGGCGAAUCGGAUCUAGCUGCAGGGAUCUACAGCGGGGAUGAGCCAAAGAACAAAGCCGAUCAGCAGCUUUUCCAAGUCAACCAAAAGCUCAAGAAUUUCCAGUUCUCGAAGAAGAACCAGGAAAACGGGCGAAUGGCAAACGCACAAAACUCGGAGCCCAACCGUCACGAAAAUGGAGAGAGGGGAAGAACUUCGGAAAAUUCAGAUCCUGCAAGCAGCGAGGCAAUGCCAAAUAUAACCCAAAACAGCCACACUCGAUCUCCUGUACAAAAGUUCAGGAAGGAAGAGGAGGAGCUGAAGGAGUCUGAAGGAAAGGAAGAGAAUAGCCAGCGGCCUCCUUUAUCGCCAACUACUAGUCAAUUGCAAGAGAAACUAGCUCCGUCGAACGUCCAGUCCGUUCUCGAUCGAGCCUCUUGCUUGAUGAACCAGGCGCUAGACGUAGAAGGUGCCAUGUUUCUUGAUGCAAGUGUCUACGCUCGUCGCCAAAUGAUCGGACCGAGUGAUUCUCAAAAGGACGAACCAAGCGACUUCGAUGUCGAGUUCGAAACGGAACAGCAUUGGGAAUCGAUGGCCGACGAAUAUUCCGGUCCCAAAAGCUUGGUCUUGGGAUAUUCUACCUCUACCACCUCUAGCAAGAAUGUUGAUGAGCAAUCUCGACGCUAUAUUUCUCUACCAGGUGCAUUUGUGGCUCAUCUGAUUGAAAGAUACCCCCGGGGAAAAAUCUUCCACAUCGAGCGAGAUGGAACGAUCGCGCUGAGCUACGAGGGAUUGGCCGACGAUGUCAGCCAAGCCUAUGUAACCGGAGGAAGAAAGCUUCGUGAAGGAUCCCUCGAAGAGAAAGAUAUUCGCCAAGAAAAUAUGGACAUCAAGUAUCUCCACAGAGCGCUUCCGGAUGCCCGAUGUAUUGGCAUCUAUCCAGUCUGGGACUUCCAACGCGGCCGCUGGUUCACUCUGAACGUAGCCUGGGCUAACGACCCAGGACGAGUUCUAUCGGAGCCCAAUGAUCUGACUUAUAUGGCAGCAUUCAGCAAUAGCGUGAUGGCCGAAGUGUCACGACUAGAUAUCCAGGCGGCCGAUCGUGCCAAAGGUGACUUUAUCUCAUCAAUUUCCCAUGAGCUACGCUCUCCGCUGCAUGGCGUUCUUGGCACCGUUGAGAUCCUCCAGGACUCAGUUCAGACCUAUUCCCAGAAAGGACUUGUCGAAACUGUAUACAGUUGUGGCCGCACUCUCUUGGACACGCUUAAUCAUCUACUGGACUACGCAAAAAUCAACACGCUGACCGAAUCACGAGAUCCCGGCAAAGAAGGAGGAAAGAAGAGUCUAUCUCAGGCUAGAACAGCAGUACCGGGCCUUGUCCAGGAUCAGAAUCUUAGUUCUCUGGUCCAGGAGGUCGUGGAAGGUCUACUGGCUGGCACGGAAUUUUUUCAUCGAGAGAGAGAUUCCGCACUCCGCACCAACGUCAAAGAAGAUCGGAGAACUUCAACAAAGUCUCAACAUCAAAAUUACAGGAGCCGGCUGAUAACUAUCGUUGAUAUUGAGUGGCAUGAGAAUUGGCACUAUUCGAUCUACGCUGGAGCAUGGCGCCGAGUGGUCAUGAAUUUGUUUGGCAACGCCUUGAAAUACACAAAUUCGGGGUAUGUCAGACUUUUCAUGAAGAAAGAUUCGAUGACCAAUGAGGAUAAAAAAUCGGUUCCUGCUGUUCGGAUCACUAUUGGAGACUCGGGUCGUGGAAUGUCGCAAGACUUCCUCCUUCACCAUCUCUACAUCCCAUUCUUGCAAGAAGACACGCAGGCACCAGGCCUUGGCGUCGGCUUGCAUCUUGUGCGCCAAAUCGUGAAGUCUCUCAACGGCAAAAUUGAAUUCCGAAGUGAAAUCGAUCAGGGAACUGAGGUCGAUGUUAUCCUGCCGAUUUCCGGCCCAGAAACGAUUCCUUCCACAAAGUGUCCAUAUCUUCCUCUGCAAGAUCGGCUAAGUGGGAAAACAGUUUCGUUCUUCACCAAGAGCUUCGAGCGAGGAGAUCUUGGUAUCAAGCAGCAAGUAUUUGACGACAUCCGGUACAAUCUGACUCGGAUGGUUGGCGACUGGUUUAAACUGGAAGUCCUAGGGCCUGACGAGCUCCAAGAGAAGCAUUCCGACUUUUUGGUUGUCACUGAGCAUGAAUACCGGACAUUGGCUCAUAGUCCCGAGAACAAUGACAUCCGAAGGUCAUUAGGGACCCAGCAUGCAUAUCCUUUGAUUGUCUUGAGUGGCCAGACUGGUAGCUGGAAAGUGGUGAAGGAGCACGACCGCGACCGCGCAAUAUUCCUAUCACAACCAGUGAGCCCAAAAACUCUCGCAAAGGUUUUUGAAUAUUGCCUAGCGACCGAAGCGGGCCAGGCAGACCAAGAUAAGGAAGACGAAAGCUCAAUAUCUCCUCCUCUCAUCGAGAGCCAUGAGCUCCAGAACUUGCACGGGAUGGACGAAGGAGCAACCACGAAGGAGGAAAACCAGUGUGCGAAUGGCGCUGGCGCAGAGCAACCAGGCCAGCCGAAAGUUCUCCUUGUCGAGGAUAACCCAGUCAAUCUCAAGAUCAUUGAAGCGUGCGUUAAGAAUACUAAAUUUGGCUACGAAACUGCGACCAAUGGCCUCGAAGCAUUGGAAAAGUACAAAGCAGAUCGAUUCGACGCAGUCGUAAUGGACAUCUCAAUGCCAGUAAUGGAUGGCCUUUCCGCAACCAGGGAAAUACGCCAUUUCGAAAAAACGAAUAGCCUGGAUCCCAGCACCAUUGUCAUCUUGACAGCCUUCUUGUCUGCUGAAACACAGCAAGAGGCUAAGAUUAGUGGUGUUAAUGAAUUUUUGACCAAGCCGACCCCGCUAAAGCAGCUGAAGCAGAUGCUCCAGAACCUACCCAGACGGGCCAGCUCGGACCAGACAUGA